UAACAUCUUUACUGAGAACUCUUAAACGCUUCCAGAGUAGUAAUGCAGAGGGUUUCCUUUCUGGUGCUAGUAAGGACAGUUGAGCAGAGAAGAGCAGAAACUGUCCCUCAAGAGGAGCUGGACUUCUCGAAGUAAGUGCCGGUCGCUUUGCGCGGCGCUGAGCGCUCUCCCCGUCGGCGCGGAGCCCCCGCUUACCGCCGGCCGCCAGGAAACUACAAGUGAAGAAGCUGAAUGUUUGCUUCAUCUGAAGAGAAUACUUCCCACGUCCUAGCGGGAAAAGGUGAAAAAGAGAACCAGAGGAUGUUGGUAGUAGGUAUCUACAUGACAGGAAGCCAUGACUAGCAGUGUGAUUGUCAACAGGAAACAAAAAGUCACAGCCAACGUGACGCUGCCAUAUGAUAUAGUUUCAGUGUCGUAUUGCUUGAUGGACUUCGCAGCCUGGGGAGCAGCGUAUGUCUACAUGAGAUAUUCUCCUGUCCAUUCGUCCGCUGGAGUUUGAAUUAUUCUGCAUGUGGUUAAUUCCCUUUUCUGGAGUUGGCAAGCCCUUGGUUUUUUUUCUUGACACCUGCUACUGUAAAGAUCUUCAGCAGCUAUGGGGAGAACAGGGUGCGUGUGAGCAACCUUCGCCGGCUGGCAGCUGAGUGCUCUUCAGACCCCAGGCAGCUUUGAAGUGUCUUGGCUGUUCAGUGCUCUGCAGAUAUGAACGCUGAGCUUUUCUGGCACGUUCUCACAUUGGCCUGGUCGUUCUCACCAUGCUAGUACAUGGGAAAGAAGACUUCCUCUCAGAUGUAGCUUACAUCGUCCUGGAGCUGAUCAUCGCAGUGCUGGCCAUCCUGGGGAACAUCCUGGUCUGCUGGGCAGUCUAUUUGAAUAGCAACUUGCAGAACGUCACCAACUAUUUUGUGGUGUCCCUGGCUGCUGCGGACAUUGCCGUGGGCAUGCUGGCAAUCCCCUUUGCCAUCACCAUCAGCACUGGUUUCUGUGCCUUCUUCUAUGGCUGCCUUUUCAUUGCCUGCUUCGUCCUGGUCUUGACUCAGAGUUCGAUCUUCAGCCUCCUUGCUAUUGCCAUUGACAGAAUCAUUGCGAUCCGCAUACCCCUCAGGUACAAUGGCCUGGUGACUGGCUCUCGAGCUAAAGGUAUCAUUGCCAUCUGCUGGGUAUUAUCUUUCAUCAUCGGCUUGACACCAAUGCUAGGGUGGCACAAUCGCUCCCAGAUCGAAGAGCUGGGUUCCAAUAAGUCCUCUCCCAUCAACUGCAGCAACAGUAUGGUAGCAUGUCUCUUUGAGGCUGUGGUCACCAUGGAGUACAUGGUCUACUACAACUUCUUUGCCUGUGUGCUUUUGCCCCUCCUCCUCAUGUUUGGUAUCUACUUGAAAAUCUUCAUGGCAGCCCGGCGACAGCUGAAGCAGAUGGAGAACAAGAUGGUACACGGGGAACGUUCUCGCUCCACUUUGCAGAAGGAAGUCCAUGCAGCUAAGUCUUUAGCCAUCAUUGUCGGGUUGUUUGCAGUCUGCUGGCUUCCACUACAUAUUAUUAACUGCUUUACCCUUUUUUGCCCAAAUUGUGCCCAUGCUCCCCUCUGGCUGAUGUAUCUGGCUAUUAUCCUGUCUCAUGCCAACUCGGUUGUAAACCCUCUAAUUUAUGCCUACCGAAUCAGGGAGUUCCGAUACACCUUCCGUAAAAUCAUCAGCCAGCAUAUCCUGGGCCGGAAGGAGCCGUUCAAAGCAGGAACAGCCAGCUCUAGGACUUCCAUGCAUGGUGGGGACGCAGAGAACGCCAGCAUACGGAUCAGCGAGUAUGCGUUAGAGGUAUACACCAAUGGAGAGAUUCACAGGGAUCCUGAAAAGCAGGACUUAAACAAAUGUAAAGCUGGCUUGGAAUGGCACCAGAAUGGAAAUGCUCUGGACGUGGAGACAAAUGGGCAUCUCCCACAUUCCUGCAAAAAUGGGAUUCUCUCAGAUGCGUGUAUGAACAGGGAGCUUCACAGUGAAGAGCUAAUUGAUGCCCAGGUGUCCUACUCAGAUCUGGAAAGAGCAGCCUUCGCAGCAGCGGAUGUUUCCUGAUGAGACUGUCAAAGUCUUCCUGGUAGAAUUAUUUUUUUUUGAUUGGUGACCUCUGCCAUGGCAGAAAGGGAGGUUGGGGGGCGGGGGGAGAGGUGUGUAUUCAGAUCGCUGUGGAGAAAGGGGUCCCUACCCAGGACUGUUGGGAUGAUCCUAAAUACUAGACUGGAGAAAAGCCAAGAGACCAUUGAAAUGGACUAAGGAAGGAGGGACACGUUGCCCAUCAAUGACCUGUCACCAGGAGCAGUGCCAAGGUCAAAGACGUCAUUCCAAGUUCAGCACUGGGAGACUCUGCUGAUGCAGGGCAUAUCAUGACAUUAUGCUGUACUGUGUAUCUGUGGUCGUAUGUCAGUUUUGCUCUUUACCAACAGAAAUAAAAGCAUGGCUGGAAGUACUCACUGAAUUGCAAAGAGCAACAGGGAAGGGGCCUUUUAGUACUUUUCGCCCUGCAACAAACAAAAGGGGGAGAGCAACAUCUAUUGGUCAGGAAGGAUGCCAGCAGCUGCUUGGAGAGGGAAGGAAUUUAUGUGAUGGGAACUUUGGAUACCUUCAACCAUGGCAUUUGGUCUUUCAGUUCAUGUUUUUGAAGCUUAUACUGCAACAGGUUGCUCGAAUGUUUGGGUUUUUUUCUUGUCUUGAUAAGAUUACUUUAUGUUAAGUUAUAAAAAAUGGGCAAAACCUCAUAUCCAUUCCCUGAGCGCUCAAUGUUCCAGAUGCACAAGGCAAAUAUAACCUCAUAGCUCUCCACUUUGUCUAACAAAUAAUGAAAACGGCGUCUGUAAUAUGGAUUUCCCUUAGUAGAAGGGCUGUUAGCAGGACUUGGUGCUGCAGAGAGUACACAAGCAGGCCGGGCUGUGGUCUGUGUCUCCAGGGUGGUUGUGCCUCGAGAUGUUGUGAAGAGCUGUCUGUAGGCUGGUGGGCACUGUCUGCUUUUUCCCCUGUCUCUGUGCUUGUCCUCCUGAGCUCCUAGAAUGCAAAUUCUUUCCAUGGCCCCAAACAUGUGUGAGGGGAACUAAUUUUCCACGGUUGUUUUCCACGGUUGUUUUCCACGGUUGUUUUCAUCCUCGCUCAAAAGGCUGUGGGAUUUUUUUUCUUCUUUACUGGGGUAAGGAGGAACACACGCACGUACGUAACACUUGUUUUUGGAAUUCCAGUGAGCUCUAUUUAAGCACCUUUUCUCCUGUGGUUUCAGUUUUUUCCUGAUGUGCUUUACUGUGAAGCCCGAUGUGUCCCUGUGGUGCAGAGGCCAACAGAGCUGGGCCUGUCUGGUUAGAAGAUGCUCCUGCUCUGAGAAGCGGAAAGGCGUCAGUAGUAGUGGAAGCCAACUUAGAAGCUGCAGUGGUUGUCUGUAUAAGAGAAAAGGCAAAUCUGUGCUGCAGCAAGGGUGUGCACUGAUAUGGCUUGUUGUAGAGGUGUUCCACAGCAGUUUGAUAAUUUUCUGUAUCCCUUAUGAAGCCUGGUAGCUCAAGCACAGCAGAAUGCCACAUCAGCUUGAAUUCUACCUAAAGGUUGUCUGGUUUUUGUGUUCCAGACAAAUAAUCCAUGUCCAAUACCAUCAACCUUCUGGAGAAACAGGCAGUAAUGGUCCUACUGGAAAACUAAGAGUCUGGUAAUUCCAGGGAGCUGAAGCUUAUUCCCUACCUGAAAACACCAGAAAUAUCAUCCCCCAAAACUGACUCCUCCUCGUGUCUGUCCAUUAACAUUUCAGAAGCCAAAUAAUCCCAUUUUCACAGAGGAAAGGGGAACUGGAUUUUGAUAUUUGAGGAAAAGCAGGUUGGGUUUGUGUGUUCUUAUUCCAUGUUUAUUUUAAAUAUUGUGAACUAUUAAAAUGAAAAGUCAGUUUUAUUUGAGGAGAAUCUUUGCCAGUCUCCCUACAUGAAGGUGGGGAGUAGUUUAUAAUACUGAACGUGUUCAAGUAUGUAAGUACUCCAGGCUAGCACAAAGCUUACUGUGAGACGGAUAAAAAGAUGUAGUUGCCACCACGAUCCUUAGCAGAAAGACAGGCAAGUUUGUAGAACAAUAGACUUCACAGUUUAAUUGAAUCGCUCCUUUCUUGGCACAGCUCUUCCACGUAGUCUAACGUCAGAGGAGUGGAUUAUCACUCCAGCACCAUUAACAAACGCUAAGCCAUUUCCCCGUGACAGACGUCAUAGGUAAUUCCUCUGUAGGGUGAUUUGGGAUCUUGUUACUCUUGUUCUUUCUUGAUGGAAUAUUUCUGUAGGUUAUUUGUGGGAUGGCUCCUCUGACCUCCUGUAACAGUGGCAGAGGAACUCAGUCAGGAAAAUGGGGGUCUGAUCUCUUCAGGCCUCAGUUGGGAGCCGAAAUGUUUCUAAGAAUAACACAAGAUUACAUCCGGUAUUCAUGUCAAUAACAAUUAGGUCCACAAAGAAGCAGAGCAGGGAAGGAAGUGUGGGAAAAUACCAGCAUCGCUCAUGUGCUGGAGAACACGCGAGUGCAGAAGUGCCUCCUAUUGAGCUUUAGUUGCCAUUGUAAAUGGAUGUUUUAUGCCACAUAGCAUCAGACUUUCAACAGCUGAUGUGGGUUGGUUGCUUUCUAUUGUUUCCUGAGCUUCUUCACACUCAAUUAUGGCAGCUUCUUGCUUGGUUGCCACAAGAAUCAAGUUGAUCUAUGUUGAUGCGAUAAAUUUAGGAUUGUCCCUCUGGAAAACCUUCCUGCCCAACCAGAUUGCCACGCGAGCUUACUGAGUUUCCAGAUGUCCUGAUAUUAGCAUUUCUGUUGCUGUUUGAGAUGCCCCCCAAGUGUGUCCAGUCCCUUUCAAUAUUAGUGAUCCAGAUUUGAAAUGAAAAGGGUGUGUGAAGGGGCCAGGGAAUGUGUGCAGGAGGAAGUGCAGUGGGGGUAAGGACGCAGCGUGUUUUAUAUAGAAUUGGAAGUUUGUAGUCACAGGAAGGAAGGGAUGGCAAUUGCACCACAUGCUGUGUGCCUUCUGGCAGACAUAUGUCUGAGGUGGACCUUCAGAAGAUGUUUCUGAAGCAGUUGUUGUGGCCAGCAUGAGCCUUUUGAACAGCAUUUUGAGCUUCUUAUUUCUUGUUCCCUAAGGAUUGGGAUUUCAAGGCUUUUUCUCUCUUUUCUCUCUUUUCUCUCUUUUCUCUCUUUUCUCUCUUUUCUCUCUCUUUUCUCUCUUUUCUCUCUUUUCUCUCUUUUCUCUCUUUUCUCUCUUUUCUCUCUUUUCUCUCUUUUCUCUCUUUUCUCUCUCUUUCUCUCUUUUCUCUCUUUUCUCUCUUUUCUCUCUUUUUCUCUCUUUUCUUUUUAUAUAAAAGAAGGAUUCAGAGGAUCCCAUCAACGAAGUGUGCUCUUUCCUUCUCCUGGCAACACACUCUGCCCUUGAGAAAAGUAUCUCUCUUCCAGAUUGCAUAGGGCAGGGAUCAUUAGAAAAGUGAAAGCUGACUAAUUUUUUUUCUUAUACUCCCCUCUCAUAUCCCUAUUUUCCUUCCAGCUGGAGAAUGUUUAGUGAUGAAAUAUAGCUGUUCUGGAUAAACAAAGGUGGUACCAAGACAAAGGGAAGAAUGAGGUGACCAUCAAGACAGGCUGGAGAAGACCUCUUUGGGAAUCCGAGGUGCAGUGGGUCCAGAGAGUAAGAGCUGGGGUAAGAAGAGACUAAUUUCAUUGAACUGGAACAUCUUACUAAAAAUGGCUCAAGACCCAGAGAGAGAUGUGGUCCCUCGUUUGGUGUGAGGGCAUUCCGUGAAUUUCACCAUUCCCUGGAGACUCUUAGGCUCCAGGGUUUAUUUGCUUUAUGGGGUUUUGGAGAAAGUAAAGUUUGAGUUGCCAGGAGUAACUUUAUCAAGAGUUCUUCUUGGGGCUGUCUCCUCAAUAGGGCACUGCUUUUGGUGUGUGCAAGUGAAUGCACUUACAGCAUUGUCCUGCAGAGUUUCUUUUGGAUCAGUAAUAUUUCAAAGCCAAGCUUGAACUGCAGCUCUUGAACACAGAAGCCAUUUGGCAUGGUGGGAUAGUUGGUUUUACUGUAGACAGAAAAGGCUUGCCACUGAUCUCAGUUGGUGCCAGGAAGCUUAUUGUGCAGGUGGACUUGGGAGUUACAUGGAGUAGUCUGAAUCUUUGAUCGCUCUUUGAAAAGAGGCUCCAGGGGAUGCUGGUGGAUAUAGAAAAGUCUCUAAGGUGUGGGAGUAGGCUGGAGGGUUGGGGUUAGGUGGGAAAUCUUGGUGGUGACGGAAGAUUUGUAGGGUAGGUGUUUGGGAGGAUUUCAGGGAAGCAGGAAUAUGGUGGGGAUUGCGCAGAUGGUGCUGGCAUGAAACCAAGGUGUGACUUGCUGAGGAAGGACUCUGGAAAGGAUGUCCAGUCUUACGGCUCUGCUGGGGUCGCUGCAGAAGGUCAGCCUUGCCUGAUGUGUGCGGAGGGUUGACCUCAUAAGGUCUGUAUGUGACUGAGGUAGAGAUGGUUCUUAUGGAUUGUCUCCUUUUCAGAUGCAUUGUCUCAUUUCAUGAGCGUGUCCAGGUGUAACAAAAGCCCUUCUGCUUCAUGAACGUGAGCCCUACCCAAUAACAAAUCAAUCCAGCCAUGUUCUUUGGGAAGGACGAGCAUGCUGUAACAGAGCUGACAUGCAUUAAAACUGUAGAAUACUCUCUGGCAAUGUUUGCUGAGUUUAGCUGCCUAAUAGUUCUCUCCCAAUUUGUUUUGGGCAUCAAACUGCACUGAGUCAUACAACAGAGUUUUUUCUUUCUAGCCCUGAGUUUUGGCCUUCUUUACAGUAAAACACAUCAAGAGUAACUAAAAUCACACCAGCUCCUCGUUUGCGUGAGAGGUGGCUAACCCUGACAGACUGAGAAUCCCCAAACUGGGGCAAUGUUGUGUGUAACACCCUGUCUUAUUUGUCUGCUGGGACUGUUCACACAAGGAUGUGUUGAAAUCAAGACUGGAACUGUUGAUCUGAGAACGUCCUUUGCUUCCCCAACUCUGUCUCAGGAGCUGGUGUUCCUGCCCCCUGUCCUGUGGAGCGGUUGUCUCUGUGGUCUGCCAGCCAAGACACUAUGAACGCCCUGCUGCACACGCUGUCACUAUAAAACAAUUACUCUUUUAAUUUAAGUGUUUUAUGAAUAUAGUUGUUGUUUUCCCUCUGUUUGUCAGUUACCAGUGGGAGGGGAGGGAAGGGGGUGGGAGAAUCUGUGCAUGCAAAUGUAUUUAAAGUGCGUUGACCAAAGUUGUUGUUUUUUUUUCUUUUGAAUCUGUGAAGUUUUCAUAUCUGUGAAGUCAUCAGACUGCUGGGCAGUGAGGAGCCGCUGGUGCUGCUGAGUCUGUCUUGGUUACAUUUCUUA